AUGACGUCAUUUAUGAAAAUAUCAAAAUUUCAAAAAUUUCCGGUUUAUUAUUUUUACGUUGGGAAACACGGCGAAUCCGUUUCCGGUUCAAAUACGGAAUGGGAAAAAAAAGGAAAUGGAAAAGAAAAUGGCGAAUGGAUUAGAAUAGAAGAUGAAAAUGUUGAUGUUUGGGAAGUAACUAUUGGAUUUGGUAACCAGUUAAUUAGGUUACCUGUCCGACAGUUACUCCUUGAUUUUAACAAAACGUCGCCGGAAGUAACCUUUUCUGACGUCACACUCGCAAAUAGGAUGACAUAA